UCAACACAAUCAAUUAAACAUGACCACUCCUACUGAAUCACCCAAAGACAAACCCUCCUCUAAGCAGAUGAUAUGUGAGAACGAGAGCAGCACCACUGAGAAAAAUGAUGAAGGAGAUAAUGUGGGUGGUGGUGUUGAAUCUGUUGAUGGGCAAAAUAUGAGCAUUGAUGACGCUAAUGAGACCGGGAUAGAUGAUCCGAAGGGCCAGGGUUCUUCCUCUAGAAAAAGAGGGAGCACUACUGAUGUUGCUAUUCAGAUUGGGUCUGGCAGUGGCAGUGGAUCAAAUGCAAGGAAGAAAAGGGAAAUGGAAAUUCCAAGAGGUGAACCUACAUGUUACGUAUGUAGUAAAAAUUUCACGUCCUGGAAGGCGGUGUUCGGGCAUCUGAAAUCCCAUCAAAGGGAAACCCCAGGAGCAUUGCCUCCGCCAACAUUUACGCCAACUGAGGGCUCUCCUGAAACUAAUAAUGAUGAUGAAACUAACCCGAGGGAGCAACUAGCUCCCACUCUGUUGAACUUGGCUCUUGAAACCAUGCAAAAGAUGAGUGAAGACUCGAACAUGAGUGUUGUUGUUGCAGGCGAGGAGGCUUCUUCGUCGGGGAAAGGGAGAGGGAGAGGUAAAGGGCGAGGACGAGGACGAGGGAGGAGGGGCUUGGAUAUUGAUCUCAAUCAGCCCAAAACCAGUUUUUUGUUGGAUCUAAAUGAACCUCCACCACCAGAGCAGGAUGAUGAUGAUGAUGAUGGUGCUGCUGCUGAUGAGGACGAUAAAAAUUAAAUGCAUGACUUUUCGUGGUGUUGCAAAACAAAUGUGAUCGCUGCUAGUUAUUUUCUUUUCUUUUUAAUUUUAAUAAGUGUCUGCAAUUUCGUCAAUUCGCUAUAUGAUGCAAAAUCAAAGUUUAGAGUCUGAAUUUCGUGUUAUCCAAUGUUAAUUUUCUUUUUCUUCCGGACAACAUUAAUAAUCUUGCAACAACGUUUUUUCAUUU